AUGGAACAGAGCUUCAAUGAUGCCAUAGCUUCUGGCAAAAUUAAUGGAGCUGUUCUGUGUGCAACUGACACCAGUGGCUCCUUUGUCUUUAACAAGGCACUUGGGGAGCGUACUCUUAUAUCCGGUGAGAAACGACCGCAACAGCUAGACGACGUGCUUUACUUAGCCUCUGCCACCAAACUAUUCGCCACAAUUGCUUCUUUGCAAUGUGUCGAAGAUGGGAGCUUAACAUUGGAUGAGGAUCUCUCAUCUAUUGCUCCCGAGCUUGCCUCCAAACAAGUCCUUACCGGCUUCGCGGGUGACGGUACAACACCUUUGCUUGAGCCCGCCGCUCGACCUAUCACUCUCGAAAUGCUACUUUCACAUAGCUCUGGCCUCAGUUACCAUUUCAUGAACCAGAAUGUCGCUCUCUGGCGGGAGAAAUUCGGCGGGUCACAAACCGAGCGAAGAACAGUCGAAGAUCUCUUUAAUUAUCCCCUGGUAUUCCAACCUGGUGAGGGAUGGAUGUAUAGCCCGGGUCUAGACUGGGCAGGUCGCUUGGUGGAGCGGGUAACCGGCUGCUCACUGGGUGAAAAUAUACAACGAAGGAUAUUUGACCCGCUAGGAAUUACAGACGGUCAAUUCUAUCCAGUCACACGAAAUGAGCUGCGAACUCGCAUGGUGGAUCUUAACCCAGACGAUCCCGACGCCCUGGGAAAGGCCGUCGUUGGAGGGGGUGGUGAUAUGAAUAAACGCACCAUUGGCGAUUUUGGUGGACAUGGAUUGUUCUUGCCCGGUAUCGACUUUAUCAAGGUGCUUCAUUCACUUCUAGCUAAUGAUGAGAAGCUCCUAAAAACUGGUACUGUCGAUAACAUGUUUGAAAACCACCUCAGCCCUCAGGCCAUCAAGAGCCAUCAAGCUGCACUUUCUGGUCCAGCUGGUGUCUUUUUACGUGUGGGCACUGAGCUUGGAGCAAAUGUAGGCUACGGCCUGGGCGGCUUAUUGACACUGGAGGAAUCUUAUGGGUGGCAUGGCGAUCGAACGCUUACGUGGGGUGGAGGCCUGACAUUGACUUGGUUCAUUGAUCGGCAAAAUGGUCUUUGUGGAGUGGGUGCAGUUCAAGCGGCGCUGCCUGUUCAAGUAGAGCUUUCGGCCUCGUUGAAGCAAGUUUUCCGUCUUGAUAUACAUAAUAAGUAUAUGGCAUGGAAGGGACAAAGAGGCAACCCAGAGAAGGAGUGA